GGAAGAAAAAAAUCGGGGCGCAGCUUUUGAACCCCCACCCCUGAAAAACAACAGACCUACACCCCUGUUGAGAUCGGCCGAUUCUCUGAAAGAAUUGAAGAAAAGAACAGAAAAUUAAGGACCCCCGAGCUAGGCUUCUUCUUCACUGAUAACACACACACACACCAAAUAGGGGGCGAAUAGGAAAAUUGCUCAUAUCUAUUCUAGCUUCUUCUUUGAAUCCGCUUUCAUCCGAUGAAAUAUGGUUGAGUCGCCUAGUGGUAGUCAAUUUCGUCGACGCUGCUGCUUCGUUUCUGGUUCAAGAGAUCGAGCUCAUUUUUUCAGAUUUACCGGGUGAAUUUAAGAGCUCUGUAGUCUUUGCCUCGGCCAUAAACCACAUCCAUUUCAGUUUCAAAUCUGUUCAAUCCGUCGAGGUCACUGCCAUGCCGGCACUUCGCCGGAGUUUCUCCAUUUCCGGUCCAGCUUGAGUUCCGUCGAGGUUCGAUUUGAGAUCGUUGUUCUUUGUUUCCGGUUCAAGGAUUUCAGCUGAAAAAGGGGAGUUUGAUAAUGGAGGAAGAAAAAGAGUUGAAAAAAGAGAAGAAAAACAUCCCUGUAGUGCCAUGGAUGAGAAAUCCAAUUGAUAUUACUACCUUGGACCAAUGCUCUCUCGAUUUUGUGCCUUUUCUUGACCCCAGGUUAGUGGUGGCUUUGAGGAAUAUGAGCAUCACUUCACUCUUUCCCGUGCAACUUGCUGUCUGGCAAGAGACAAUUGGACCUGGCUCAUUUGAACGAGACCUUUGUAUAAAUUCACCUACUGGGAGCGGAAAAACUCUUGCUUAUGCGUUACCAAUUGUUCAGAUGUUGUCUACACGUGCUGUAAAAUGUCUUCGUGCACUAGUGGUCUUGCCUACCAGGGACCUCGCUUUGCAGGUCAAAGAGGUUUUCUCUGCUCUUGCACCUGCAGUAGGUUUGUCCGUCGGCUUGGCAGUUGGUCAGUCAUCAAUUUCGGAUGAAAUUUCUGAGCUCAUCAAGAAACCUAAUAUUGAGUAUGGCGUAUGUUAUGAUCCUGAAGAAUUCUCAUACGAGUUACAAAGUGCAGUAGACAUAUUAGUGGCAACACCUGGAAGACUGAUGGACCACAUCAGUAACACUGAUGGUUUUACCGUUGAGCAUCUAUGUUAUCUUGUUGUUGAUGAAACAGAUAGGUUAUUAAGGGAAGCUUAUCAGUCCUGGCUGCCUACUGUCAUUCAGCUGACCAGAUUUUCUAUUGAUGGGAACUUCCCUUCUGCUGAUGAUCUGCUUCCUUGCAAUUAUGGUUCAUUGAAGACAAUCAGGAGAGUGGGCACAGAAAGAGGGUUCAAGGGCAAAGCCUAUCCAAGGCUUGCAAAGAUGGUUUUAUCAGCCACACUAACACAAGACCCAAGUAAACUUGCUCAGCUUGACUUACAUCAUCCUCUUCUUUUGACGACUGGAGAAAGACGUUACCAACUGCCUGAAGAACUCAAAUCAUUUAAAGUGAUAUGCCAAUCGAAGCUUAAGCCACUUUAUCUAGUUUCCCUUCUUCAAAGUCUGCAAGGGGAGAAAUCAAUUGUUUUCACAUCAUCUGUGGAGUCCACUCAUAGAUUAUGCACCUUGCUUAAGUUUUUCGACAAUUUGCAAAUUGAGUUCAAGGAGUACUCUCGUCUUCAACCUCAAUCUUUAAGAAGCAAAACGUUGGGCGCCUUCCGGGCAGGACAAGUGCAAGUGCUUAUAUCCUCUGAUGCUAUGACUCGUGGAAUGGAUGUUGAAGGAGUUAGAAAUGUCAUUAACUAUGACAUGCCUGCGUAUAUAAAAACAUUUAUUCAUCGGGCGGGUCGAACUGCAAGAGCAGGCCAAAGUGGGUGUUGCUUUACUUUAUUACGCAAACAUGAGGUUAAGCGGUUCAAGAAGCUGUUACAAAAAGCUGACUGUGACUCUUGCCCCACCUAUUCUGUUUCUUCUGAAGUUAUAGAGUCACUCAACUCUGUGUAUACCUCAGCUUUGGAGAAACUUAGAGAUAAUGUUGAAUCGGAAAAGUUUAAGAAGAGCAAGAUUAGACUGAAGUCUUCAAAUGUCAGAAAGGAUAAGUGAAAAGCUGCCGCGGGGAUAACUUCCAUUUCUUAACCGGUGUAGUACUGAAUUGCCAACCUAGGUAUGAUUAUACCAUAGUGGAUGCCGUGCAAAAUGGUUAACAGAAGAAAGUGUUCCGAUGUUUCUUUUUGACAGUGGUAAUUUGUAAGGGGCUUUGUUGUACUUUUUUUUUUAUCUCUUUUCUAAUGCUGUUAUCUUCAUCCAGACAAUGUAAAUACAUUCAGGCUUAGUGCUAUUCUUGUAAUUUCUUCCUUUAUGUUUAAAAAAGUCACACUCUUUUAGUAACAAUUGAUUAAAAUUUGAAGAAAGACAAGUGAUUCUUGCAAAACUUUUAGUAUUGGAUAAGCUGAAGUAGAGGAAAAUGAAAAUCAAAUAAUCUUGUAGUACCUUUGAGUUCUCUGAUUAUUUUUAGUUCCAUUGACCAUAAGCCACCAGUCAACUUGUAGGAGAAGACGAAGUGCAUGGAAGUUUGCGCCGCUAGCUCUCAUGUGGGUGGUUUGGAAGGAACGAAAUAAGAGAGCUUUUGAGGGUGUAGAGAUGAAUUUUGUUCAGUUAAGGAGGAGUAUUUUAUCCCUUAUUUCUUUUUGGUGCACCAAUAAGAUUCCUUUAUGUGUAGAAGAAUGGGUGUCGUUCGUGGAAAACUAUCUCGUUUUGUAGGUUUUCUUCUUUCGGUAUACUUCUUGUAUGUGACCAUGUUUUUCUCAAACAUUUAUAAAAUUAUUACUUUAUAAACAUUUGGAGGAAAGCACCAGUUUAGAACAAAAGGAAGAAGCGCUGGGCGCAAGAUCAGUUAGUAUUAAAUUGUAGGGAAGGGGAGCAAUAGGUUUUUUUGAGGUAAAGUUGCUCAGUUGUUUUAGUAAGUAUGAAUGUUUUUACAUUCUCAUAUUCUUGUCUAAAUAGGUGUAGCUGAGUUCACGGAGAGAGAGCAUUUAUUAUAUGCGUGUAAGCCAUUUCCAAGUGCUUGUUUUGUGGAACAAGAUACUUUAUAAAAGGAACAUACCAGCAUAACAAUUUUUUAACUGUACAGAAAGUAACUUUUGGAAAAUUAAAAGUAGCAGCAAUAGAAAUUUACUGAUAGUUCGAUGGAGGAAUUUUCAUUUUCUCACACAGAUUACUUACAGAUACAGUCAAUAUUUAUCUGGUCUCAGCAAAGCUUGGACUCAACCAAGCUAUGUGUACGGAAGAGAGAGAAAAUUUGCAGGAGGAGGACAGCUAGAUAUCAAUAGACUGGUCAG